AUCAGAGACUUACCCCCACUUGAUUAUUAUUAUUAUUAUUUAUUUAUAUAGCACCAUCAAUGUACAUGGUGCUGUACAGAGUAAAACAGUAAAUAGCAAGACUCUGCUACAUUUAACUGAAUGAUUUGAUUUACCCAUUUUUAUAACAACUUUUAUGUGACUCCAUAGGAAAUGAGAAUAUUUUUGCGGGGAAAUUCCAGGGAUGAUUCAAAAACAUUUCUUUUACAGAUAAAGAAUUAUAUGAACUAUCAGAGAAGAAGCAACUGUUAUUGGAGAAUUUGAAAGGUCUACAAGAAGCUCAAGCUCUUGCAGCUACCCAGCCUGGCACUUUUGGUGACUUGAAACGAAAGCAGCUAGCUGAGCAAAAAAGACAUUUGGCUGCAGAACUAGAGGCAACUGUGCAUGAUAUACAAACAAAACAGCGUCAUGCUUCAGAGAUACCUGUAACUAUAAAACCGAGUGAAAGGGAACUAUAUGAACUAUCUGAGAAGAAGUAUAUGUUACUGGAAAAAUUGGCAUCCAAUCGGAAAGAGCUACAGGAAGCUCAGGCUCUUGCAGAUGCCCAACCAGGCAGUGUCAGUGACUAUAAACUACAGGAGCUAGCCAAUCAAAGAAGACUUUUGACUGAAGAUUUAAAAGCAACUAUCCAUAAUAUACAAGAAAUACAACGUCAUACUCUAACUGGAAGAUCCAGUGAAAAACAAUUACAUAAACUAUCUGAGAAGGAACAAACAUUGCUGGAAACUUUGGAAUUGAAGAAGAAAGAACUACAAGAAGCUGAGGUUCUUGCUGCUACCCAGCCAGGCAGCAUCAGUGAGCAUAAACUACAGGAGCUAGCUGAGCAAAAAAGACGUUUGACUCUAGAUCUGGAGGCAACUGUACAUGAUCUACAAGAAAUACAACAUCCUGGUUUACAAAGAGCUCUGCUCAGAAGUCCUGGUGAAAGAGAAUUAUAUGAACUAUCGGAGAAGAAACAAAUGUUGCUGAAAAGUUUGGAAUCCAAGCAGAAAGAACUAGAAGAAGCUGAAGCUCUUGCUGCUACCCAGCCAGGCAGUGUCAGUGCUCAUAAACUACAGGAGCUAGACAAGCAAAGAAGACGUUUAGCUAUAGAUCUGGAGGCAACAGUACAUGGUAUACAAGAACUACAGCUACGUGCUUCACAAAGAGCUCCGACUGGAAGGCCCGCUGAAAGAGAUUUAUAUGAGCUAUCUGAGAAGAAACAAAUGUUGCUGAGGAAUUUGGAGUCCAAGCAGGAAGAAUUAGAAGAAGCUAAAGCUCUUGCAGCUGCUGAACCAGGCAGUAUCGGUGAGCAUAAACUACAGGAGCUGGAUGAGCAAAGAAGACGUUUGGCUCUAGAUCUGGAGGCAACUGUACAUGAUAUACAAGAAGUACAACAUCGUGCUUCACAAAGACCUCUGCUCGGAAGACCUGACGAAAGAGAAUUAUCUGGAUUAUCUGAGAAGAAACAAAUAUUGCUGGAAAGUUUGGAAUCGAAGAAGAAAGAACUACAAGAAGCUGAGGUUCUUGCUGCUACCCAGCCAGGCAGCAUCAGUGAGGAUAAACUACAGGAGCUAGCUGAGCAAAAAAGAUGUUUGACUCUAGAUUUGGCGGCAACUGUACAUGAUAUACAAGAAAUACAACGAAGAGCUCUGCUUGGAAGUCCUGGUGAAAGAGAAUUAUCUGAAUUAUCUGAUAAGAAACAAAAGUUGCUGGAAAGUUUGGAAUCAAAGAACAAAGAACUACAGGAAGCUGAGGCUCUUGCAGCUACCCAGCCGGGCAGCAUCAGUGCGCAUAAACUACAGGAGCUAGAUAAGCAAAGAAGAUGUUUGACGGUAGAACUGGAGGCAACUGUACAAGAAGUACAGCAAAGAGCUCUGAGUGGAAGACCCGCUGGAAAGAGCUUGUAUGAACUAUCUGAGUGGAAGCAAGUUUUAUUGGAAUGUUUGGAAUCUAAUUUGAAAGAGCUAGAAGAAACUCAUGUUCUUGCAGCUAUACAACCAGACAGUAUCAGUGAGAAAAAAAUACAGGAAUUAAAGGAUCAAAGAAAGAUUUUGACGGAAAACUUGAAAACAGUUGUGCAAGAUGUACAGAAAAUGAAAACCCAUAUUUCAGAAUCAGGUGGAAUAAUACCCUUUUAUAGGGAUUUAAAUGAGCUUUACAAGAAGAAAAAACGGUUUCUGGAACGAUUGGAAUCAAACCUAAAAGAUCUGCAAGCAGCAGAAAUACUUGCAGUUGCUCAUCCAGGCAGUGGCAAUGAACAAAAGGUCCAAGAGCUCACCGAACAAAGAAUGCUUUUGGCUGCAGGUCUUGAUGCAAUUAUGCAAGAUUUAGAAGAUAUAGUGGGUCUUGCUAAAGACAAAAUUGGAUUGAGGUCCAGAGAAAGAAAUUGGGAAGAACUAUCUGAAAAAAAGAAAGUGUUUUUGGAAAAUCUGGCAUCAAAUUUAACAGCCCUGAAACAAGCACAGGCUCUUGCAGCGGCCCAUCAGGAUGAUAUUACUGAGCAAAAGUUACAAGAGAUCAUUGAACAAAGAAGACUUUUGACUGCAGGUUUACAGGCAAUUAUGCAAGACAUGCAGCAAUUACAGGAACUUGUUUCAAGCAAACUGGAAAAAGUAGAACCUAGUGAAAGAGAGUUGGAUGAAUUAUCUGAGAAGAGAAGAUUGAUUUUGGAAAAUAUGGAAGUAAAUCUGGAAGAGCUGAAAGAUUUGCAGGCCAUUGUAGCUCAGCCAAGUGGUAUGAGUGAACAGAAAAUGCAGGAGCUAACUGAGAAAAGAGAACUUCUGGUUGCCAAUUUUGAAGCAAUUCUUCAAGACAUGCAAGAUGCACAGAGCUUUGAUUUGGACCAACAUGUAAUUACAAGACCUGAUCAGAGAAAAAUUAAUGAUCUGCUAGAGCUUUCAAGACUAGAGUCAAAACUGGAUGACCUGGAAGAAACAGGGUUUUUUACAGAUAUUCAGCUGGACAGCCUGAAAAGAAAAGUGCACAAACUGAAACAACAAAGAAGGAACUUGAUUGAUAAAUGGGAACUACUACUUCUAGAAGAUUAUCCAGAAACAUAUGGACUUGAUAAAGAAAAAGCAAAACAAAAAGUGGCAAAAAAAAUCCUUGAUGAAAGGAAAAAUUUGUUUUCAUAUUUGCAAUCAAGUAUCAAAGAUCUGCAAAGAAAAAGCAUUCAACCAAUCACUUCGUCUGAUACAGUUCGAGGUGUAUCAGAUGACUCUCUCAUAAUGGGUUCAUUAGGCUUGCUGCAAUUGAAGGUUGCUGCUUUAAGUGCAAAGUAUGGACCUGAUGAUGAGAAAACAGCAAAAAGAAGGGCUUUGGCAGCCAAACUAGAAGCAAACAUAAGAGAUCUGCAAGCUGCUUUUGAAGUCGAGAAAAUUGAAAAACCCAGAUAUGCUGCAACGAAAGACGCUUCACAAGCACGACACAUACGGAAAUCUAGUAUAACUGAGUUAUCAGAUCAGCAAUAUUUGAAACCAUCAUUUUCAGGGCUGCAAAUGCAAAUUACUAAAGCACCUGUGAUUAGAAAAAUCAAGCCUGAUCAAACUUCAGCAGGUCACAGAAAAACAGAAGUAGAAUUUGAUGCUUCGGUCGAGGAACAGCAGGAAAAAAAACUAAGAAGGGAAAUAGAGCAAGUAUUUAAAAAGCAUGUUUUGCAGCAAUUACCAGGGAGUUAUUACCAGCAAUUACCAGGGAGCAAAACAUCUUCAUCGAUGUUGCCUAGUGCUUUACCAUAUGAAUUAAAUUCAGACAAAAUUGCUAGCGACGUUGCGAUGCAAGAGAUACUAGAGUAUAACAAGAGUCUGCUUCCAAGCCAUAGAGCAAAUCUGCAGCAAGCACUACAACUUGCACAGCAUCAGUUACAACAGCAACAACAACAGCAACAACAACAAAGUAACGCCCUCUCAGAAAGACUUAGAAAAAUGUCAGUAUUUUUCCCCCAACCACCUGGCACAACUAGGUUCCAUGAGUAUUCUACACAACCCCCAAGACCAGCAUGGGAAGCAAACCAGUUACCACAAAAGGACUAUGCUCAAAAACUGUAUUUAUUGAAGAGAAAGCUCCUGGGACCAGAUAUGAAAGGGUUAGGAGGAGCUCCUUUCUCAUCUACUCAAGGACCAAGUUCUCUGGCUGGUCAGGACCAAGAUACAAUCGUUAUUUGUGGAAAGGGAUGCAAUCCCUUCAAAAAACCUGGAUCUUUCCAAGCCAUAAACGAACAAUUAAGACAUCAGUGACUUUAUUCUAAAUCUUUUUAUGGAUUAAUUCAACGAUGAAGCCAUUUUACAAAACUCAUCUUUGUGGAAUUGUGAAAAGGAAACAUUCAGAUGUAUGUCAUUGUAUGAGUCUGUUCUGAGAGCUGUGCCAAAAGUUGAUUGCACUGGAAUGACAGUUAAAAUAUAUGAAACCUGAACCACCAAAGCUCAAAAAGUGAUCAUUUUAAUCAUUACAUUAAUGUAGAUUACAUUAUUUCUAACCAAAAUUACAUUUUUGUGGUACAAUACUAUUGGCCCUGCAAUCUGAUGUUUGAAACAUCAGUCUAGAUCCUUGGCAUUAGAAUUUUGUCACAAAACCCAGAUAGAAGUCACAUGGCACCAACAAAUAAAAUUGAGUUCUGCUUUACUUCAUAUUAAGUAAAACACCUUGCUUUUCCUUAGAUGAAUUGCUUGCCCUCCCAAGCUUGCAUUACAUACAUGGUUAAUAGCACAGUUAACAAUAUUUUUAAAAAUAAGGAUGUUGAAAAUCAGCCUUAUCUUUGAAUACAGAUGAUAGCAUUAGCAGAACUGGAUUUUAAAUUCCAGAAAAAUAAGGUAGAUGUUUUCCUCGAGUGGCGCAGAGUGGUAAGCGGCAGUUACUGCAACUGAAACUCUCCCCAUGGCCUGAGUUCGAUCCCAGCGGAAGCUGGUUCUCAGGCAGCCAGCUCAGUUCAACUCAGCCUUCCAUCCUUCCGAGCUUGGUAAAGUGAGUACCCAGCUAGCUGGGGAAAGGUAACCAUGACUGGGGAAAGCAAUGGCAAACCACUCCACUACAAAGUCUGCCAAGAAAACGUCAGCAAAAGCAGGCGUCCCUCUAGGAGUCUGUAAUGUCUCAAGUGCUUUGCACGAGAGGUUCCUUUCCUUCCUUUCCUAUAAUGUUCUUUCUGAAUUAUUCAACCUAGAAAGUAAGGUUCAUAUAUGCAUGCACAUAGAGGGAAGUGGGGGCUUGUCUACAGCUUGUUUACUCUGACUGAAAUGCAGAUAUUCAUGUUUUAGGUUACAUGCUGCAGCUGUCCAUUUGCUGCAGCGCCAGGUUUUUAACCCGAUAAUGCGCAUCUUCGCAUUUGCAAUUUACCGUGGCUUUUAGAUCACGUCUGAGUUUGCACUGCGUUAUGGCUAUGUGUCUUUGGGGGGAGUUAAAUUAGAUUUUGACAUGUGAGUGGAGCUUUGAGGGUAGGACAAUGUGAUUGGCCGAUUUCCUGAUUUUGCACCAACCGGCUGCCUCGUUCAUUCAUGCCGAUUUUAGUUUGAAGUCUCUCUGCGGAGCUCUUCUUAAAACAAAUUUAUUUAUGUAUUUAUAUAUUUAUUGUAUUUCUGUACUGCACAAUAUGCGAAGCUCUCUGGGCAGUUCAUAAAAACAAAGAGGGGGAAAUGGGCAGCCAGACGGAGACGUGUUCUGCUGCCUCAUUCCUUUCCUGCUGCUGCCUCGUUCCUUUCCUGCUGCUGCCUCGUUCCUUUCCUGCUGCUGCCUUGUUCCUUUCCCUCUGCUGCCUCGUUCCUCCCCACCCCCGCUCCCGGUUUGCCUAAAGCUCAAAACAACCUAAGGCUUAGGUGGAACAUUUGAAAUUAUCACAAUGGAGGGCAACACAGGGCCCUGUCGCUUUUCUACUUCCCCUGUAUGGGAAAGGGAAACGCUUUUUUAAAAGCUGUAUUAUGGCUCAUUUUAAUGACCACCACCUGGUCAGGGCUUAUGGGUUAGCCCCUCGCUCUAGAUAGCAGACAGGGUCCAAUACUGUUGAACUUUUCAAGGGGGAGGGGUUACCCUACUAUCCCAGACUGGGCCUUCCGGAAUUGGUACAACAAGAUCUAUUAGUGCUUUUACUUUUAUGUUCCCUCCCUUUUCCUGCCCAAACCACUUUAGCUAGGGAAGUCACUAGGUAUUUGCGACCUCCCAAGCAAGCCUGGUUCCAGUCAGUGCCCCACACUGCCAUUUCCAUGCAUGCUAUCCUUUUUUAUAUUACAGUUAAUUCCAUGCAUGCUUGGAAAUGCAAAUGGUGUUUUUGUGUCCCCUUCCCCGCCUGCUGUGGCCACCUAAGCCUUCCUCCAUCCAGGGUUCAGGUGCAACUUCUUUAAAGAAUGGCGACAGCAGGAGAGGGAGCUCGGUUCCUGGGAGGAAGUCACUCCACACCUGUUCUACAGGCCCCUUAGCACUAGUACCUUUGAGCGACAAGUGGCAGCCUUGAAUAGUAUCCUUGAUUGUAAUGGGGAGGGAUCUCUUGCUAGUCAGUCUCAAGUAGAGGCAUGACAGCUGCCCCUCCUCACACAAGGCCCACAGAUGCAAGCAACUUGUACCUUCUCUGCAGUUGCCCUCAGCCUUCACUACCUGGGACUCAGGCUAGUUACAGCCAGCCCAGACACAAUUGCAGGCAGAUGUCAGGCUCACAGAGGAGAGCUCGACAGAAGCAGCGCUAGCACUGAGAGAGAGUUCCACUGCGUUAAUACUGCAAGUGCCAUCAGCAGCAGUGCAAGGAGGGUGAGCCGGUCCAUAGACUCUGCAAUAGCUUCACAGACACUCCCAGAGCUUAGAAGUAACGAAGCCCAGCCCCAUUUCCACUCUUGGAUCAGAGAAAUGAUUGCUCAGGAAAUUAAGGGGUCUUUAGUGGAAGAGUAGCAGUGUCUUUUGCACUUAAAACUCAGGCCCGACAUAUUCCAUAAAGAAAAGGCAGCACCACGACUCAAAACAAAGUCCUUCCACAAGAGGAGUCCCUCCUCUACCUCUUCAAUGAAUAGCCCUUCUGGAGAGUCCUCUAGCUCCAAGGAAGAGUCUGUCAAGUUGUUUUCCCCAGAUUGCCAUUUCUCCAAUGUUAAGUUCAAUUUGAACUCAUGUUGAGAAUUUUUUAAAACAUUGCCACGGAAAUAUGUUUUUGUGUGUGCAUUUCUCCGAAUAUAUGCAUUUCUGUAUGUCAUUUUGCCUAAUAUGCACAUUUUUGCAAGCAAGUUUCCUAAUAUAGUGCAUUUUAACAUUAUUUUCAGUCAUUGUCACUUUCUGUGUGCACAUUCCCUUAAUAUACACAUUUUUGUAUA